AUGCAGGUGUCAAAUCCUAAUAAUGUGAACAUCUACAAUUUGAGCGCUGGCAAAUCGCUACCCGAGUGGCUUUCUGACAGAAAAAGGAGAGCAUUACUCAAACAAGAUGUUGAUGUUCGGCGUAGGAUAGAGCUGCUCCAGGAUUUUGAAAUGCCAACUGUCAGCCAUGGGGUACAAGUCACUGCAGAUGGACAGUAUAUAUGUACAACAGGAACAUACAAGCCUCGAUUUAGAUGUUACGAUGUUUCUCAGAUGUCCCUCAAGUUUGAACGAGGGCUGGACUCAGAUGUUGUUAAGUUUCUAUUACUGGAUAAAGAUUAUUCCAAAGUUGUCUUCCUGCAAUGCGACAGAUACAUAGAAUUUCACUCCCAAGAUGGACGAUAUUACAGACUACGCAUACCCAAAUAUGGUCGUGACCUUGCCUAUCAUCAUGCAAGUUGUGACAUGUAUAUUGGAGGAAUGAGUUCAGAAAUCUACAGACUCAACCUAGAGCAAGGCAGGUUCCUGAAUCCACUCAUAGUCAAUGCAGAAGAAGUAAAUUGUUGCCAGUUCAAUCCAGCUAACUACCUCUUUGCUUGUGGGACAAACAUGGGUACCGUAGAGUGUUUUGACCCACGUGUCCGAACUAGAGUGGGUGUGCUGGAUAUAGCCCUUAGUAAACAUGUGGAUGACCUGGACACCUUGGAAAUUCCUGCAGUGACAGCCAUGAAAUUCCGAGAUGGUCUAAACAUGGCAGUGGGAACGAGUACAGGACAUGUAUUACUGUACGACAUGAGAUCUGACAAACCGCUGCUAGUUAAGGAUCAUCAGUAUGAGCUACCUAUUAAGGCAAUUGAAUUCCAAGAAUCAAUGGAUAUUGUGCUCUCCAUGGAUACCAAGAUUCUGAAACUGUGGAACCAAGAAACGGGGAAGGCAUUCACAUCCAUUGAACCUGGCACCAACUUGAAUGACCUUUGUUUGUUACCCGAGUCGGGUAUGAUCUUCAUGGCUAAUGAAGCACCAAAGAUUCUCAGCUACUACAUCCCUGCUUUAGGAACUGCACCAAAAUGGUGUUCAUUUCUGGACAACAUGACAGAGGAGUUGGAAGAAAACACAGCUGACAUGGUAUAUGAUGACUACAAGUUCAUCACAAGGAAGGAGCUGGAAGAUCUGGGCCUGGCCCAUCUCAUAGGCUCCACCAUGUUGAGAGCAUACAUGCACGGAUUCUUCAUUGACAUCAGGCUGUACCACAGGGCUAAAGCAAUGGCAGAACCUUUUGCAUAUGAAGAAUAUAGAAAGAAAAAGAUUCGUGAAAAAUUGGAAGAAGAUCGGGCAAACAGAGUGCGCUCAAAGAAACUUCCAAAGGUCAAUAGAGAUCUAGCCGAAAAACUGCUGACAGCUAAAGAGGAGAUGGCAACCACUUCAGCGAAGAAAAAACGAGCAAAAGAAGCCGUCAGUCUUUUGGAGGAUAAUCGAUUUAGUGAGAUGUUCACAAAGUCCGACUUUCAGAUUGAUACAUCUACUGAGGAGUAUAGGCUGCUUAACCCAGUCAUCUCCAAACUGGACAAAUCGGUCAAGCGAAAACAACAGAGUCAGCUGGCUAAACAAUACGAAGAAGUUGAUGAAGAAGAGGUUGAGGGUCGUGCCAGUGAUGAUGACAGUAGCUCUGAUGAUGAACAUGUUUGGACAGAUGAUCACAAACGGGACUACCACCAGGCAAAGCGUUUACAGUAUGAGCAGGAUCUCCAGGAUAGGCUGGAGAAAAAGGGUGGCAACAGUCAGCCAAAGUUCUACCAACUCAAAGAAGGACAAGAUGCUAACAAGGAACAAACCAAGCAGAAGAGAAAAGAACUCAGGAAAAGCCUUGCAGAGAGAUUAGAAAGUUCACAUGACAAGUCUAUCAUCAAGGAGUCAGGAACCAGAGGCAAUAAAGAAAUGACCUUUAGAUGGAAAAAGAAUGAACGGGAGAGUCGACGACAGAAAGCUAACAAAGAACACUAUGAGGAAAGAAAGAAGUUACGACGAACAGCAGGGGAGAUAAGCAAAGGGUUUAAGGAAAAACCAAAGUACUGGAUGGGCAAAAAAGUGACAUGAAAGAAAUGUGAUGACACAGUGUGCAGUCAAUUUAUUUUUUUGAUGAAAACAGUGUUAUAUUCGCAUACAUCUACAGUGGAAAAAUGAAGUUAGAUACAGGACAUAGACAGACUCAUGACUAUCUAAGGCCAGAAAAGUUUGUGGCAACAAAAUAACUCCAGAAUGAAACUAUGGAUACAUAUUGAGUGGAUGAGAUUUAUGCCACAAUAUUAUCAUGGCAUUAGAUACGUUAUAUAAUAAAUAAACUUUGGAGGCAAACCAACAACUAUGACAAUGUACUGUAGGUUAAGGUUAUUAUAGAUAUCAAUAUUUGAUACUCCAAUUAUCAUGAAUAUCAGAAAAAUCAAAUUAAAACUAUUAUUGUUUAUAGCAAUAUGGAAGUAGGUGGAUUAUUAUUCAAGUGCCCAAUGCAGGUCGCCAUUAUCAUCUCAGUAAUUCUGAAUUCUUUAGUAACUAUGUAUUAAUCAAAUCACUAAGAUAUAGUCCUGUUCUUGUUAAAAUCCUGCUAUUAUACUAUUAACAGAGCUUUUAGGGUUUUUUUUUAAGUUACAGCCCUAUAUGUCACUUUAUUCAAAGCAUU